CACUCUCUGCACCUCCAGCUCCGCAGCGCAGGAUUAACAAGGACGACUGGCUGACUCCUUAUCCAAGCUUCACCUGCCACGAGCACACAAGAUGUCUCCUGCAGUCCAGUGCGAGCCCGGUGCCCUGCGCACGUCCAGACACCCAGCGACGACCCGCACCUCCGAGGAUGAAGCUGGGGACACUUCUGAAGACUCUUUUCUGGGGAGACUACCGUCUGUUUUCGGAGGGGCGGCGUCCUCAACUAGACAUCCCAAGCACAGAAGCAGGAGUGCGCGGCCUGGGCCGCGGGGAAGACGCAGAAUGAAAGCGAACGACAGGGAGCGUCACCGGAUGCACAAUCUGAACUCGGCUCUGGACGCGCUGAGAAGCAUCCUGCCCGCGCUGCCCGAAGACGCAAAACUCACCAAGAUAGAAACUCUGCGGUUUGCGCACAACUACAUCUGGGCUCUGACGGAGACUCUGCGCAUGGCAGACCCGCAGGCACGCACGGCCGACCUGACGCCGACGUCAAACCUGAGGAGCCCGCCAAGUGUUUCACCUGCAGAGUCUGGUUACGUGUCAUCACCUGACUUUGACCCGCACAGCUAUUACGCGCCAGUCAAUGAAAUGAGCUGUAAAAUCAUUAGACGAGGCGAAGCUUUUCAUUUCGCGUCUAUGUGGUGAACACAUCUCAAAACUUUGCACUAUUUAUUGUAAUUAAGUGUUUUUGUAAUGAACAGCGACGGUUAAAAGAAUAAGCAUAAGCACGUCACAGCAGGUGAUUCCCAUCAGCAAUCAAUGGGAAAUAACCUGCAGUGAUAUUUGAAGAUUAUGACCUGUAUGACAGAACCUUCAACACCUGCACUUAUGUCAGAUCUGGAGCCCUUGACACAGCAGCCAUUUUGAUAAGUGACAGAAGAAAAAUCACACGUGUAAAUUAUUAACUGGUGACCAAGUUCUAUUUAGCUUAAUUGCUGCUGUGCCAAGGGGCCAUUGCUCAUAAAACAAUCCACACAGAGCAGCACCUUACCACAACAUUUCCUGAGUGCAUUUUAUAAAUUUUUUUUCUGACUAAAAGGGAUUAAAAAAUGAAGUACUUUUCAAAGUUAGCCAUUAACAUCAAAAUUGAAAAUGUUACUGUGCUCACAUUUUUG